CAACAAUUCUUGUCGCAAAUGUUCAACGUUGGACUGGGGAAUAUUUUCAAACAGAAUCUCUACAAUGAUGCACCCCAUCAAAAUGCCGAAUAUGAUUUUAUUGUUGUUGGCUCGGGGCCAGCUGGCUGUGUGCUGGCCAAUCGCCUCUCAGAGAAUCCGCGGUGGCAGGUGUAUCUGAUAGAAGCUGGAGGGGUUGAAACGAUACCACAUCAAAUCCCCAUUAUGGCAGCCUAUCUGCAGGGUACCCACUCCAAUUGGGGCUAUAAAUCAACACCUCAACGUGCUGCCUGUUUGGGCAUGAACAAUCAGGAAUGUGCUCUACCAAGGGGCAAAGUUCUGGGCGGUACCAGUUCCAUUAAUUUUAUGAUUUAUAAUCGUGGUAAUCGGCGGGAUUUUGAUCGUUGGGCGGAAUUUGGCAAUGAGGGCUGGUCGUAUGAUGAGGUUCUCCCGUACUUUUUGAAAUCGGAAAAUUCCCAAGUGGAGGGUUUGGAAAUGUCACCGUAUCACAACCACUCAGGGCCCCUAAAUGUGGAGGAUGUACGUUAUCGCACCGAGGCGGCUAAGGCAUAUGUCAAGGCAGCCCAGGAGGCGGGGCAUAAUAAAACGGACUACAAUGGUGAAUCGCAAAUGGGUGUGUCCUUUGUCCAGGCCAAUACCUUGAAGGGCCGCAGACAUAGUGCCUUUCGGGCCUAUAUCGAGCCGAUAAGGUAUAAAAGGAAAAAUCUACACAUUGUGACCAUGGCUAGGGUCACCAAGGUCUUGAUCGAUAAGGAAACCAAGCAGGCCUAUGGGGUUAGGAUGCUGUAUCGGAAUACCUUGUACACCAUUAGAGCCCGAAAAGAGGUCAUACUCUCGGCGGGAGCAUUUAAUUCACCACAAAUAUUAAUGUUAUCCGGCAUUGGACCUGCGGAUAAUCUGAAGGGGAUUGGUGUACCCAUAAUUAAGGAACUCCCCGUGGGUAAGCUGCUCUAUGAUCACAUGUGCCAUUUUGGACCGACCUUUACCACCAAUACGACGGGUAAGACCUUCUUUGUAUCGCACACCACACCGGCCCUCUUUGCCUCGUUUUUCGCCGGAGAUGCUUCGACGGUGCUCUCCUUAAUUGGUGGAGUAGAAGCCUUGACAUUUGUCAAGACUCCCCAUUCCAAAGAACCUGACGAUAUGCCAGAUGUUGAAUUUAUUACCGUGGCUGGCAGUUUGGCCUCUGAUGAGGGUACAGGUCUACUGCAAGGAGCCAAUUUUCGUCCGGAAAUUUACACCAAGGUCUAUAAACCGCUGAAUGAUGCCCAGCAGGAUCAUUUUAGUUUUUUGGUAAUGCAAUUCCACCCGAAGUCCGUGGGACGUCUUUGGCUGCACAAUCGCAACCCCCUCGAAUGGCCGAGAAUAAAUCCGAAAUUUUUCCACAACUCUGAAGAUGUUGAAGAUAUACUGGAGGGUAUUAAGGAGGUGGUGCGUAUCAGUCAAAUGCCAGCUCUGCAAAAGCUAGGGGUUCGCCUACACAACAUACCAGUGCCAGGUUGUGAAAUGCAUCAAUUUGGCUCUGACGAUUAUUGGCGCUGCUCCAUACGGGUCAUGUCGUAUACAUUGCAUCAUCAGGUGGCUACAUGCCGUAUGGGACCAGAGACAGACAAUACGACAGUGGUCAAUGCCAAACUGCAAGUACAUGGCAUUGGCCGGCUGAGAGUGGCCGAUACCAGUAUUAUACCCUUCCCACCGACGUGUCACACCAAUGCGGCCUCAUUUAUGAUAGGGGAAAAGGCAGCGGAUAUGAUCAAGGCAGAGUGGUCAUAG